CGAUACUCGAAUUUUAUUACAUUUAUUUUUAUUCUUGGUACAAUAAAGAAGCAGACAAUUUCCUGGCCUGACGGCGUCGCACGAGCCCGGACCCAUCAAUCGUGGGAUUGUUCCGCUCAGGUUCCGUUCGUCCUUCCUCUACCUCUACACUCUCUUCAGGGAGUUGACUCUUUCAUACACAACUCGACGGAAAUCGUGUUUGGCUCAAAAUGCCACCAAUGGCUUUCAGGGGAUUAGUUACAAAAGUGGGGUUUAUGAAUAAAACAGCCACGGUAACAGUGACACGCAUGGUGGCUCAUAAGACUACUCGCAAACGUAUAGAGCGGACCAAGAAGUAUUUGACGCAUGACCCCGAAAAUCAACUACAAAAAGACGACAUAGUAAUCAUUCGGAAUUGUCCGCCUGUUUCUGCGAGAAAGCGCUUCAAAUUGGAAACAGUUAUCAGCAGUCCUGAAACCGAACGGGCUAAAAUGCGUGCUCGGAGGGCAAUCGAGCAAGCAAAAACAACCUCCACUACCAAUGUGUUACCGACUGACGCACUACGUGCUUUAUUAUCCGAGCAACUAUGAUUCUGUAUAAUGCCAGUAGAGACGCACGGGAUGGGGCAGUACUUUAUGCAGAAGGCUGGCUCUGCUGUUGGAUUGCUGUUUGAAUUUCGACAAUCUGGCAUCAUUAUAAACCCAUGAACAACUUGCAAUGCUAGGGGAAAAUAUGAUAGCGAACCUCCGAUUUUUUCUGUUCCGAUUUUGCUUCGAUAU